AUGGAACUGACCAUGGAGAGCCUGGGCAGCCUGCACGGCGUGUCCCACUCGCAGGCCGGGGAGCUGAUGAGCCCUGCCCACGGCCGGCCGGCUGCCCACCGGAACCUGGUCUCCCACGCCCGGCCGGCCAUGGUGUCCAGCAUGGCCUCGAUCCUGGACGGCGCCGGGGACUACCGGCCGGAGCACAGCCUGGGGGGCCCCUUGCACCCGGCCAUGAGCAUGGCGUGCGAGUCCCCCUCGGGCAUGAGCCUGAGCAGCACCUACACCACCCUGACCCCGCUGCAGCACCUGCCCCCCAUCUCCACCGUCUCGGACAAGUUCCACCACCCGCACCCGCACCCGCACCACCACCCGCACCAGCGCCUGCCCGCCAGCGUCAGCGGCAGCUUCACGCUCAUGCGGGACGAGCGGAGCCUCUCCUCCAUGGGCAACCUCUACGGCCACUACCCCAAGGACAUGCCGGCCAUGGGGCAGCCCCUCUCCCCGCUGCCCAACGGCCUGGGCCCCCUGCACAACGCGCAGCAGCCGCUGGCCCCCUACGGCCCCGGAGGGCACCUGGCCGGCGACAAGAUGCUCUCGCCCAGCGGCUUCGACUCCCACGCGGCCAUGCUCUCCCGGAGCGAGGAGCACCUGGCCCGCGGGCUGGGCGCGCCGGGCGCCGGCAUGAUGCCCCCGCUGAACGCCAUGCACCACCCGGGCCACCCCCACGGCCAGCCCAACGGCUCCCUGCUGGGCGAGCGGGAGAGGCAGGCGUCCGCCUCGGGCUCGCAGGCCGGCGGCUCCGGGCAGGUGGAGGAGAUCAACACCAAGGAGGUGGCGCAGAGGAUCACGGCCGAGCUGAAGCGCUACAGCAUCCCCCAGGCCAUCUUCGCCCAGCGGAUCUUGUGCCGCUCGCAGGGGACCUUGUCCGACCUGCUGCGCAACCCCAAGCCCUGGAGUAAACUCAAAUCCGGGCGGGAGACCUUCCGGAGGAUGUGGAAGUGGCUGCAGGAGCCCGAGUUCCAGAGGAUGUCGGCGCUGCGGCUCGCAGCCUGCAAACGCAAAGAACAGGAGCAGCAGAAAGACAGGAACCUGCAGCCCAAGAAGCAGCGGCUGGUCUUCACGGACCUGCAGCGCCGCACCCUGAUCGCGAUCUUCAAGGAGAACAAGCGCCCCUCCAAGGAGAUGCAGAUGACCAUCUCGCAGCAGCUGGGCCUGGAGCUCAACACCGUCAGCAACUUCUUCAUGAACGCCCGCCGGCGGUGCAUGAACCGCUGGCAGGAGGAUGCGGGCGCCAACCCUGGGGUUCCCUCAUCUUCUACAAGCACUUUCUCCAAAGCAUGA